AUGGGUCACUCUCACGGUUUGAGAUCCGGCACUCGGUAUGCCUUCAGCCGUAACUUCAAGGAGCACGGCCAGAUCGCCCUGUCGACCUACCUGAAGACCUACCGGGUUGGCGACAUCGUGGACAUCAAGGUCAACGGUGCCGUUCAGAAGGGUAUGCCCUACAAGGUCUACAACGGUAAGACUGGUGUUGUCUACAACGUCACCAAGUCCUCCGUCGGUGUCCUCCUCUACAAGGUUGUCCGCAACCGCUACCUCGAGAAGCGCGUCAACAUCCGCAUCGAGCACGUCAAGCACUCCCGCUCCCGUGAGGACUUCAUCAAGCGUGUCAAGGAGAACGCCGAGAAGAAGAAGCAGGCCAAGGAGCAGGGUGUCCACCUCCACCUUAAGCGCCAGCCCGUCGGUCCCCGUGAGGCUCACGUCGUCCAGGCCGCCGCUCCCGAGACCAUCACUCCUAUCCCCUACGACACCCACAUCUAA